AUGAAGCUGCAGCGACAACUAUCCAUGGGGAAGCUGUCGAGCGCCGUGAGGGACCUCCUACGACCACUAUCCAUGGCAAAGUGCAGGGAGCUCUGGGAAGGUCUUACCGUCGGCGCGCAUCGACCCGCGGACGACGACGACUACUUCAGGGGCAGCUACGAGUUCUCGUGCACGACCACACCUGUCAAUGUUCUGACCGUGAAAGGACGACGUCCACGUCGCCAACGGCGCCUGCCGCCGUGCAUCGGCGCCAAGCAAGCAACGGAGAUGCUGGCGGGGACCAUUGUCACACGGAGGGACGGAGGGUGGUCUCCGGAGCCGGAGCGCUCACCUCAGGCCAUGGCGGCGCUAGACGUUGACGGUCUGGCCGAGGAGUUCAUCCAGAGGUUUCGCGAGCAGCUGAGGAUGCAAGUAGAGGUUGAGCAGGAGGCAUGGCCCAAGUCUCGCUUGGCGCGCUCUGUAUCAACGAUGUAA